UAUUAUUUUAUAUCAAUCUUUCGAUAAUUUCAUGAAGAAGUUAUUUUGUUAUUAAUAUCAAUCAUAAACAUAUGGCAAUAUACAUACAUGUGAGUAUUUCCAGAAUCGAUAAAUUCAAUAAUUACAUUUGUAAUAUGCGAUCUUCUAUAAUUCUACGAAAUAUACGAUCGUAUUCAAUUUGAACAUACUGUAUGAUAACGAGUUAUGCAAUGUAUUUAUAAUGUAAUAUUUGUAUAAAUAAAAUAUCACUGAUUCCUCAUAUAAAUAAUAACGAUCCCUUCGAUUAUAUUAACUUCGUAUAAUAAUACUAACAAAUCAUAGCAUACAAUUUUUAUCAUCGCAAAUUUAUUUUAUUGAAUUUGGUCCGUGCUAUAGAAUAGUCGCUGUCUUUUUUUUUUCCUCCUACGUUGCAGCCUUCUUAAACGCACGUCCUAUAAUUUCGAGAUUGCUCAAUAACACAGAAAUACUUGAAGAUAUAAAAAUAUUACAAGAAGAAACAAAUCUUUUAAAUUCACAAUACACAUAUCAAUCAAUUUAUAUCGUUUGAAAGAAAUAAUUAAUCUGUUACCCGAUAAUCUCAAUGCAACGCAAAUCUCAUUACCGUGUCGGUGUAUUAUUAAAAUACAUCUAAACACGUAGAUAUAGGUCCUUGGCGCCGGAAAAAAGAAGAAAAGAAAAGCAAAAAAAAAAAAAAAAGAAAAAGUAAAGAAAAAAAGAAAAGAAAAGAAAAGAAGACGAAGAGAAGAAUGUAUUCUGCAAAGGUGAUUACAUCGCAUCGCGGUUAUGUAAUAGUGACGGCUACUGAAAGACUUUCGCAGGAGACCGCCAAAAAUGUCCUGGCUGCUGGGAGGUACCGCGCGCAAAACCGCACGUAGAGAAGAGGAGGCAUUACUGGUAGCUGAGGUGGUAACGGUGAUGCUGUUGGUGGUAGUGGUGGUGGUGAUGAUGUUGGUGGUGUGCUGCCGCUGGAGAUGAUGAUGAUGAUGAUGACGAUGAUGAUGAUGAUGGUAGUGGUGGUGGUGAUGAUGAUGGUGGUGGUAGUGGUGGUGGUGGUAAUAGUAGUGGUAGUGGUACUAGUACAUCGCGAUGGCGGUGGUAGAAGAACAUGACUGCUGGAUCGUGACCCAGCGGAGCGGGGCGAAGAAAGGAGUUAGAGAGAGAAACUGAGAGAGAAAGAGAAUUAAACGAAACAGCUUCAAACUGGAGAGACAAAGAAAGAAAGAAAGAGAGAAAGAGAUGACAGGAAAGCGCAAUGGUUUGUGCGGGUGGAAGAGGAGAGAAAGAGGAGGAGAAGGUGGAGGUGGUCUAUCGGUGGUGGUAGUGGUAGUGGUGGUAAUGGUGGUGGUGGUGGUGGUGGUGGUGGUGGUGGUGGUGGAGGUAGUGGUGGAGGUGUUAGUGGAGGUGGUAAUGGUGAGGAGGAGGUAGGAGAUGCAGCCUCCGCCAGUAUCCACGUGUUCAGUGUAGUAGCGCGUUAUGACCCGGAUGUUAGAUCGUAGCUGCAGUUUCGCGAGAACCUGCCGACCCGGAUGUCCCGCUCGACGUCUACCGCUGAUCAACAGCUAAUGUCCUCCUGGCCACCAAAAUAUGUUCAAUCGAUGCGAGCAAAUCGACGAAAGGCGCCAGCAAACUACGAAGGGACCUGAUAAAUGCCGAAAUCGCGAAUUUACGUGAUCUACUCCCGCUACCGCCCUCGACACGGCAGAGACUUUCUCAGUUGCAACUUAUGGCCUUGGUCUGCGUCUUUCUGCGAAAAGCCAACUACUUUCAACAAGGUGUUUGGGGACGAACAUAUGCAUAACCAUGUAUGAAAGACGAGGGGUCGCAAGGGAGGAAGGGAGGUUACUCUGUAGACGGACCAAAAAUACCGGACGUAGCGUAUUUCGCUUACGCCCUGAAGAAUUGCCCGUCAGAAUCAUCGAACAUGCCAACGCCGAACAUUGGAUUCUCGAAAUGCAUACAAUUCUUUCAGGCUAUGUCCGGAUUUAUCAUGAUGAUGACGCAACAAGGAAAAUUAUUGUACAUAUCGGAAAACGCUGCGGAAUACCUCGGGCAUUCGAUGGAGGAUCUGCUAAUUCAUGGGGAUAGUGUUUACGACGUGAUAGAUAAACAGGACCAUAUCGUAGUUCAAAAUCAAUUGGCAAGAAACAGUCCGGCACCAAACGAUAGAAGGCUCUUCCUUUGUCGGAUCAAUGUAUCAAGAAAUUCUCGGAGACAGCUUCGUUUCGGUGAUCAAAAGGUCGUUCUCGUGGAGGGUCAUUUUUUACCUUUCGUUCCUGUUUGUAAUCGUAAUGAAUUCGUUUUUCUGGCAUCUUGUACACCGGUAGUCUUACCAGAAACUCGAGAAAGUAUCGUUCAAGGGGCCACAAAUAUCUUCACUACGAUUCACUCUAUGGAUAUGAAGUACCUGCACAUUGACAAAACGGCGGAAAGUCAUAUGGAGUAUAAUCGUUCGGAGCUCGUUGGUGUUUCGUGGUACAAUCUCUUACAUUGGGAUUCGAUACGAACGGCUUAUUGCAAACACCAAACAGUUAUACAAUCCGAUCAAGAACGAUCGAGUACGGCAUUGUUGAGGCUACAAAGUCGUUCCGGAAGGUGGUUUUGGGUUCAUUGCGUUCUCCAAGUUAAGGAAACUUCGGAAGAGUGUCAGCAUCCUAUAAUCGUGUGCACCAAUCAAGUAUUAAGCGAUCGAGAGGCUGAAGUGAUGCGAUCAAGUUCAUGGUUGUAUCAAUAUUCUUCUCAAGCUAAAUUUACCUACGGUAUAUGUUCGACCGGUCAGACACGCGGGGUGCAAUAUACCGUCGGAACACAAGGUAGUGGAUCGCAGCAACAACAGGAGUAUGUACGUUCGUCGUCAUUGGGACACGGUAGCGACGCCGAGCAAUCCCCGUCGAUUUGCAAUUUGGAUCAAGAAUCUCAUAGAUCCACUAAGACGGAACCUGUCGAUUAUCCAACUAGAUUGCCUUGGGACGAUGUCGAACCGGUCGACAUGUCCAUCGGUAGUGCCCAAGAGCACGAUAACAGAAGUCUUCAAUUUCAUUCUCAACAUGGCAAUCAUCAUCACGGGCUUGGACAAUUCUCCGGUAGAUACCAUAAGUCUCAUCAAAAAAGUACUUUGCAUUUGGCGGGAUACAGAGCGAAGUUUGUGCAGUAUCACGGGCAGUUUAGCAGCGGCACGGACACUCCGAAAUAUUACAUCACCGAUCUGGACAAGGAAUACGGAUGUACCGAUCAGCGGAGUACCGUCCACAAACGACUCCCUACGAAAGUUUUACCAGCAUCGAUAACCGUUGGCUCGACCGCCGAGCCAGUCGAGUCCUCGACGGAACACUGGAGUUCCAGUCCAGCAUGGUCAGACGCAUUGCAGAGGGUCCCGGACGUGGUUCAUCAGGAGCUAAGUCCAUAUAUCACGACACCGACGACUCCUGCGGACACACCAGAUUCCGACUUACAUUCCGAGGCACCGAUAUUCAAUUUCGACUGGGCCGGAGAACAACACGUGCCGAAUCUGAAGAUAACGUUCCGUAGUUCGAAUCACGAACCGAAAGAUGUUCAGGACGUUCAGCCUAUUACUCUACAACUACCCCGUAGAAAGGGCCAUUCCGGUGACGAGUCGAAGGACUUCGCCAAGUGAAUGUCCUUUUCUUUUUAGUUAGACCAAUCUCUCUUUAAUUUAACGACUUUCACGCGGCUGAUAUUCUUCGACGGCCACUUAUAUAAUCUUUUUCUAAUACGAUUGUAGUUUAUAAAUUUAACGGUGCUGUGGAUGGCCGAGUAUAUUUUUGUUUACUCGUUGUCAGCGAUUAAUCUAAUCGGUGAAGUAUUGAUCUGUGCCUUUUAGAUUUUAAUGGUAUAGUUCUCUUAAUAACCGGACCACCACCUUUCGGCUUGCUUACGAUUCUUAAACGAAUUGCACGUGCAAGCGAAGGACAUGUCCAACUUAGGGCUCAUUUUUAAGUAGGAAUAUUGGUAGUUAUACGCGUUCAGAAGGAAGCGUGCAUUUCACCGUGCACAUGUAAGUAAAGUAUAUUAAUGCGAUAAUGCGAAGAAACUUAGAUUUUUGCGUGAGAAGGGUGCACGAUCGAUUAACGAUUAGAAGGACAACAUUUUUGUAGGUAUCGAAAUGAAAGGAGGGGAUAAUAAGAUCGAAAUGACAAUAAAAA